CACAAGAACAUCCAAAGUGCAGCAUCGGCUUUCGGCUUGCAGCCAAGCAUCACAAAAAACACAGCAUGCCAAGAGGAGGGAAGAUAGAUGAACUACAUGUAUACAGCAGACCCUGAAGGCAUCUAGCUAGAACCAACCUGCUGGAACCAUGGCUCGUGAACAAUGCAGAGAUCCGCCCGGAGAGCGCAUCCCCUGCAGUUUUAUCGACGAUGAGGAGGCUUCGGUAGCUUCCAUCUACGUGGACAGACCAACUAUUAGUGAUAAUGAUGCUACUCGGAAACACUCACAAGAAGGAGAAGGAGACAAGCCCAAUGUUUGCCCUCGCAAAGGGUCUAAAAGUGGAUCUACUACCGGUAGCACAUCGUCUGCCAAUACCGAAGAAGGAGAAGACAACCAAGAGAGUGUUGCUUCACACGACGAAGAGCCCAAGAUGGAUCAUUUAUCAGACCACUCUUUGACUGAAGAAUCAUCCUCAGUAGUGCCAAGUGAAGACCAGCUUGAUCAACCAGAGCUUGAAGCUGGUACAUGUAGAGAAGCAGAAGAUGGACCACUGCAAGAAGAACCCAGGGAUGAUCCUCCAUCACACCUGGACUCUUUGGGUGACACAUCAUCAUUAUCAUUGGGGCCAAACCCAAACAAUAAUCAGCUCAACCCUAAACUUUCUCAGCGGGAGCUAGCAAGCACCGAUUGCAGCUCUGGUUGUGACCAAACAACAAAAGAAGGCAACCAAGAGAAUGAUACAUUACAUCAAGAAGAGCCGAAUCCAUCACAAAACUCUUCGACGGAAGAACUAUCGUCUUCGGUGCCAAGUGAAGACCAGCUGGACCUGAAGGAAAUUCAACCUCAUAAAGAAACAGAAGAAAGAUCACACCAUCAAGAAAAGAAUGAACCCAAUAAGGAUCCUCCAUCACAAAAGUCGUCCCGUGAGGAACAUCCAUCAUCCUCUUCCGCACUCGUAGCCAGCGGCGCCAGCAAAACAAGACGUGUCCACAGGCGACGCAGUUUGCAAUACACUGCCACCCCCGCAGGAAAACCCACCAAAGGUCUCCGAAGAUUCUUCCAAGGCCGCCGAGGUUCCUUGGAUUCCUCUAUACCAUUGCGUCGUGGUCUCCGUCGUUCUGAAGCGGAUAUGGCUGUGAAGCGGACCAUGUUUCGAAUACGGCCAUCUGUAUUGCAGACCGCGCAACAACAACUUGACAGUUCCUCAGCCAGCCAAGAAGAAGAAGAAAUUGAAGUAGCAGGAGAGGAAAUGGAAUCGCUUCCUGGAGCGGUGGCAGUGCCGCCGCGGGAAUUGAGAAGAAGGCAGACCAACAGCAGCAUUCCAGUGGCCAUCAUGGUCGACGACGACAGUGGUAACGAGGAUCAUCAGCAAGAAGUCGAGGCUCUGAGGCGAUUGGUGGAACAAAAGGAUUCGAAAAUUGAGGCACUCGAACAAGAAUUGGCGGUCCUGCGGCAACGGCUCAAUAUGGAAACUGUGAUUGCAGAACCACUCUCCCCCGUGUUCGGUGGUGACCCUGCUCCCAACACUACUAGUACUCAGCAUGAUCGUCAAGACACGACUUUGACAGAAGCUGAAAAGUAUGCUUUGAAUGUCUUACUCAGAGACAAAAGAGGCAGGGGAACAUGACUAACUAGAUAGCUAGUACAUAGUUAGCUUUU